UACCCAACAGAAGAAGACAACGUGGCGGAACUUCCUUUUCGCACGUGUUGGUUUGAGGAGCUGGUUAGAUUUUCAACAUUCACCUAAAACUCUAAAUAUCUUUUCAAAUGGCUGACCAUGUGCAACAGCGAAUAGAAGACCGAAUCCCGGCGCUUGAACAGCUAGAGAGGGUCGGUUUGUUCAGCAAUAAAGAAGUCAAAUCCAUGCUGAAAAGAUCUACUGCUCUGGAAUACAAACUGCACCGAGCUGUUCAAAGCAAGGAGGACUUCAUCGCGUACGUACAGUAUGAAAUUAAUGUCCUAGAGCUUAUCAAGAAGAGAAGAGCAAGAAUCGGGUACCAUUUUAAACGAGAAGAAAUUGAGUUUCCCAUCGUCGGCGGCAUAAACUAUGUUUUCAGAAGAGCUACAACAAAAUGGCAGGACGAUGUGCAGCUAUGGCUUUCACAAGUUGUUUUUAACAAAAAAUGGGGCACGAAGGGUCAGCUCAGCAAGGUUUUAUCCUCUAUGUUAGCCAUUCAUCCCGACAAACCAGCUUUGUGGAUAAUGGCUGCCAAAUGUGAGAUGGAAGAAAGGAAUUCUUCAGAGAGCGCCCGGCAUCUCUUCCUCCGCGCCUUGCGCUUUCAUCCCGAAGACGAGAAAGUUUAUCAGGAGUAUUUCCGAAUGGAGCUCAUGCAUGCUGAGAAACUCAGGAAACAGCAGCAAGAGUUGGAACAAGCUAAAAUGGAUGUGGGGGAAUACACGUUUUCUCCAGAGAUCAUGAACGGUAAACUGGCUGAGGUUGUGUACGCGGAUGCUACGCAAAAAAUUAAAGGAGCUAAAUUCAUCUUGUCCCUGCUAAAGAUCGCCGCAACCUUUGACUUCACAAAAGAUUUACAGGACACCAUCCAUCAAGAUCUGCAGAGUCGGUAUAAGGAUGACUGUCUGAUGUGGGAUUUCAUGGCUAAGCGUGAGCUGGAAGCUGCAGUGGCCCCUGAGCUCCAGUCAGCCAAAGGAAGUGCAAUCGAAACGGAGCGCAGAGAGGAGCGUUGCUGUCUCAUUUACGAAGAAGCUGUGAAGAGCCUUAAUACUGAGGCGAUGUGGUUGUGCUACAUUACAUUCUGUCUUGAGAGAUACAAAAGAAAGACAAAUGUAACGGAACUCAAGAAAAAAAGGAAAGAGUGCUUACUCAGAGUUUUGCAGAGUGCCCAUGAUGCCGAGCUUCUCCAAGAGACGUUUUACAAAACCUGGCUAGAGGUCCUUUUGUCGACAGGAGAUUCAGUUUCUGCUAUACGAAUUGCCAUCGCUGCAACCCAGCGCUUUAGUCAAUCAGUCGAGAUGUGGAAACUCAGCCUGCAGACUUUGGUCCAUCUGGAGAGCCCGGAGGCAGGACAUCUAUUUGAGGAAGCCCUGAAUCGGGUGAACCCCAAAGAAAGUCUGCCGUUAUGGCAAUUGCAGGCAGAUUGGAGCAUGGCUUCGAAAACACCAGAAGAAACCGAGGCCUUUUUUCAGAAAGGGCUUUUGUCCCUAGUGCCUGCAGUGUCAUCGACCAUCAAGGAAAAAUACAUUGAAUGGUCAUAUGAGACCGGUGGCUACAAAAAGGCUAGAAAAACAUUUACAAGCUUACAUGAACACAGACCCUUCACUAAAGCGUUCUUCACGAAGAUGAUCCACAUUGAGAAGGAGCAGGAGACACCGAAGAUGAGUAACCUGAGGGACUAUUACGAACGAGCACUUCGUGAGUUCGGCUCUUCAGAUGAAAAUCUCUGGAUGGACUACAUCAAGGAAGAGUUAAAACAUGGAAACCCAGAAAAAAGUGGAAGUCUUCAUUGGAGGGCCGUUAAAACCCUGGAGGGACAAAGUGUUGAGCGUUUCACGACUCAGUACACACUGCUACAGACCGGGCACAUCUAAAACAAGUCACAUGUUGUUUAUAAGUGAUUGUGAGCUUUUUGAAAAAAAAGCUUAAUAUAUCCAGUUUGUAAAGGAAUUUUGCUUAUGUUGGAAAAUUUCUCUCCCAUAAUUCAGAGUAGUUUGUUAGUGUUAACUGUUAAAUAAAAGCUUAUGCUGUAUUUUGCAGACUCUAAUUUAUGCCACCACAUUUAAAUAAAACUAAGUUCAUUACAGAUGUGUAACAGUGGGGAAAAUGUUAAAUUAUACUGGGUAACAUCAGUUUACAGUACUUGAUGCCUUGUAAAGAUUUAAAUAUUUUUCUUUUUUGCUAUCAGAAGGUAUGUUCGUUUCAGGUACCUUGUGGGUUAUGAUGAAAAAAGUACAAAUUAAAACCUGUGAAAACUU